AUGGCAGCUUCACGCGCUCUUCUUCGGCCAAGGUUUGUCUGCAAGACCUGCACUCGCAGAUUUCAAUCGCAGGGCCGGCGGUCUUACGCGAGCACAAGCGCAUCUUCGUCGGCGUCGGAACCAGAGAUCUACGAUGUUGUCUGCGUGGGAGGCGGGCCGGCAGGUCUCAGUCUUCUGACUGCUCUCCGAGCCAACCCGGUGACAUCCCGCCUCAGGGUAGCUCUUGUCGAAGCCCAGGACCUCUCCAAGACCCGCGCCUGGAAGCUCCCCGCCGACAAGUUCUCGAAUCGCUGCAGCUCCCUCACGCCGACUUCCGCACAAUACCUCAACACGAUCGGCGCAUGGAGUCAUCUGAAGCGCGACCGGGUCCAGGAUUACAAUGAGAUGCAGGUAUGGGAUGGUGUCAGCGGCGCAAGGAUCGAGUUUGACUUGCCUGGAGGAAUCUCAGAGGGGAAGACCAUCGCUUACAUGUGCGAGAACCUCAACUUGACUUCGGGCCUGUUGAGUCGCCUGGACGAGCUUGGCGGAGUAUCAGUGUACGACAGUGCACGGGUUGAGCACAUUGGCUUCGGCGAGGAGACGGAAGACUUCGAUUUGACGCAAUGGCCUGUCGUACACCUGUCAGGCGGGAAGAAGCUCCAUGCGCGGUUGCUGGUUGGGGCGGACGGCGCAAACAGCCCUGUUCGCACAUUUGCUGGCAUCAAAGCUCGCGGCUGGGACUACGGCAGGCAUGGUGUUGUUGCAACUCUGCAGAUGGAGGGAGAUGGAUGGGGCGGCGAAUACAACAAGAUCGCCUACCAACGUUUCCUGCCUACUGGACCGGUAGCCAUGCUGCCUCUUCCAGGUAACUACUCGACCUUGGUCUGGUCAACAACGCCUGAGCGGGCCACAUUUCUGAAGAGCCUCCCGCCCAAGGAGUUCAUCGCUAUGGUCAAUGCUGCCUUCCGGCUUAGCCCGGUUGAUAUUGGAUUCAUGCACACCCAAGAGUCUGGCCAGACGGAGGAGCUCGAUUGGAGACUUGAGCACACCCCGGUGGAACGCCGCGCAGUCCCUCAGCAGGUUGUCGGUGUCCAAGACGGCACGAUUGCUUCAUUCCCUCUCAAAUUGCGGCAUGCCGACACCUACACGGCUGAGAGGAUUGCUCUUGUUGGUGAUGCGGCACACACCAUUCACCCCCUGGCUGGUCAGGGUCUGAACCAAGGCCAAGGUGAUGUUCAGAGUCUCGUGAAGACCAUCGAGACCGCCGUGUCUACCGGUCAGGACCUGGGUUCAAGCAUCUCCCUCGAGGCUCAUAACUCGGAGCGUUACAUAGCCAACCACGUUGUGAUGGGCGUCUGUGACAAGCUUCACAAGCUCUACUCCGUCGAGAGCGGGCCGCUGGUACCACUGCGGUCUAUCGGCCUGAGUGCCGUCAAUGCCAUGGGUCCUUUGAAGAAGUUCUUCAUGGAGCAGGCUUCUACAACCGGCGCUAAGUUGUUCUAA